AUGGGCGCCACAAACCCUGCGCUUUCUGCCCUCUCGGGUCCUACAUAUGUCACUGCUCAGACCCUGAUCCAGCAGGUUGCAUACCUGCUCAGUGACAAGAUCUUCUCGUACUCCCCCGAGACCUUCGACCUCGACACUGCCCUCCAGCAAUGGUCCGCGGCACAAGAAACAAACGCCAGCGGAGAGUCUCCCGUGGUCAAGACCCUGGAGACCCGCCAAGGUGCCGGCAACAUGGCUCUCGGCUACCUAUUCUCCCAGGACUUUGACCUGAAGAAGCGUCAUGUGCCUCAGGGAAUUGUGGCUUCUUCUGCCACUCUCCCUUACAUGCGCUCUGCCCUUGAGCAGCUCUCUCUCCUGUACUCUGUGGCGAGCCCGGUGGCGGCACAUGUCGCUGCUGCCGACUAUGCUGGAGAGGAUGGACUUGUCUCCGACUAUGCCUCUGCCCUGUCUUUGGCUGAGGACCUUGGCUUGGGUCUCGUGUCCAGUGCCUCCGCCCACGAAUCCCAGCACAUGGCUCUUUUCGCAACCCUCUUGGCUUCCGUCCUGCCCUCCAUCCACAUCUACGAUGGUGUUCGUGUAGGCCGUGAGACCACUCGUGUCAUCGAUGUCCUUGACAAGGAUGGCCUGGCCCGCACUUAUGAGACCGUUCGCAAGACUCUCGAUGAUUCUCGCACCCGCCACCUUGAUGCUCAGGGCAAGGUUCUUGAUCUCCUCAAGACCCUGAACGGCGAGCUCGGAACCGACUACAGUGCCUUUGAGUACCACGGACACUCGGAGGCCACUUCCGUUCUGGUCGUUUUCGGCACCGUGGAGGCUACUCUUGCCGCACAGGUUGCUCGCUCCGUCGCCAAGUCUGGUGUCAAGAUCGGUGUGGUCAAUGUCCGUGUCUACCGCCCCUUCAUCGAGGAGGAGUUCCUGCGUGUCCUGCCUCAGUCCGUCAAGACUGUUGGCGUCUUGGGACAGGUUGCCGACGAGCAAGCUGUUCAGGAGGAGAGUGUCCACUCUGCUCUCUACGAGGAUGUGCUCGCGGCUUUGACCUUUGCUGCUGGUCGUGAGCAUGCUCCUUCUUGCGUCGAGGUCAAGUACCCUCGCUCUCAGACCUGGAACCAGAUCACCACUGCUGCUGCAUUCCAGUGCAUUUAUGACCAGCCCAUUCUCUCUGCCAACAGUGUGACUGAUGAGGCCGCUCCUCUGCAGUUGCUGGACCCCACAACUGUCCAGGAAUACACCUUCUGGGAUGUCGAUAACUCUGUCUCUGAGUCUGCUACCCAAACUUUGAGCCAAGCCCUUGCUGCCGAUUCUGCAAGCAAUGUCACUACCAGCAAGAUUCACGAUAACCUGGUCCAGGGCGGUGCCAUCCGCGUUGAUAUUCGCAAGAGCGCCAAGAUCGUGGAUGCUCCUUACGCAGUCACUGCCGCUGAUGUUUCCUAUGUUGGAAACCUUGCACUGCUCAACGACGUCGAUGUCCUUGCAUCUGUCAAGGACAAUGCUAAGAUCAUUGUGAACGCCCCUGGCGUCAAGGACGAGGACCUCGAAAAGAAGCUGCCUGCCCUCUUCAGACAGACUGUCGUUCAGCGUGGUAUCUCGCUGUUUGUCAUUGACGCCUCCGCCAUCGAAGGCGCUUCUCUUGAUGCCCUGACCCUCCAGGCUGCCUUCAUCCGCGUUGCUCUUCCCUCGCAGGAAGGCGUGGCCACGAAGAAGUUGGCUUCCAUCGUGGGCAAUGCUGAGGCUGUCGAGAAGGUUAGCACUGAUCUUGACAAGGUCCUUCGCCAGAUUGAGACUCCCGAGGCCUGGAAGGAGCCCGAGGGUGUCACCGAGGUGCCCGAGCUUCUCAAGGACAUCUCCGCCAACAGCUUCGUCUCCUUUGAUAAGGAGGAGGCCGAGGCCUCUACCCUUCUUCGCGACUGGCAGACCGCUGCUAAGGGUCUGGCAUUCAAGGAGGCCUUCGGCACCAGAAAUGCUCUCCGCCCUGACUUGGCAACCAAGACCUUCACCGUCCACGUCAAGGAGAACCGCCGCCUUACCCCCGUCACAUACGACCGUAACAUCUUCCACAUUGAGUUCGAUCUUGGCAACACUGGUCUCACCUACGAUAUUGGCGAGGCCCUUGGUGUUCAUGCCGAGAACGAUCCCAAGGAGGUCAUGGACUUCAUUGCCUUCUAUGGAUUGAACCCCGAUUCCAUCGUCGAGGUUCCCAGCCGUGAGGAUCCCAACGUCUUUGAGAACCGCACUGUGUACCAGGCUUUGGUUCAGAACGUUGAUAUCUUCGGUCGCCCACCCAAGCGCUUCUACGAGGCAUUGGCCGAGUUUGCCAGCGACGAGAAGGAGAAGACCGACCUGAAGACCCUGGGUGGACCCGAUGGUGCUACCGAGUUCAAGCGACGUGCCGAGGUUGACACCGUUACCUUUGCCGAUAUCCUUCUUGAAUACCCCUCUGCCCACCCCGACUUCCACGAGAUCGUCCGCAUCGUUGGUCCCCUGAAGCGUCGCGAGUACUCCAUCGCCUCUUGCCAGAAGGUGACUCCCGACAGCGUCGCCCUGAUGAUUGUCGCCGUCAACUGGGCUUCCCCCAACGGCAAGGACCGCUUCGGUCUUGCCACCCGCUACCUGAGCAGCCUGCAGGUCGGCUCGCCCAUCACUGUUAGCGUCAAGUCCAGUGUGAUGAAGUUGCCCCCCAAGUCCACCCAGCCUCUUAUCAUGGCUGGUCUUGGUACCGGUCUCGCACCUUUCCGUGCUUUCGUGCAGCACCGUGCUCUCGAGAAGGCCCAGGGUAAGGAGAUCGGUGCCGUUCUCCUGUACAUGGGCUCCCGUCACCAGCGCGAGGAGUACUGCUACGGUGAGGAGUGGGAGGCUUACCAGGAGGCCGGUGUCAUCACCCUUCUUGGUGCUGCCUUCUCUCGUGACCAGCCCCAGAAGAUCUACAUCCAGGACCGCAUGCGCGAGAGCUUGGCUGAGAUCCGCAAGGCAUACAUUCAGGAGGAUGGUGCUUUCUAUCUGUGUGGUCCCACUUGGCCCGUGCCCGACGUGACUGCUGUCCUUGAGGAGGCCAUUGGAGCCGAGGCCAAGGCCAACGGCAAGAAGGUUGAUACUCGCAAGGAGAUUGAAAAGUUGAAGGAUGAGGAGCGUUACGUUCUGGAGGUGUACUAG